AUGGAAACAUGUGGCGCCACCGAUGGUCAGCAUGUGAAGCAUUAUGACGGAAGUGGUUAUCUGUCAUACACGCCUCACAUUCUACUGACCAUGGCGAGUGUAGCUCUACUUCUCCUCUGUGUUGGAGUGGCUAGCGGGUUUGGGAAAUUUUCCGUUUACAUGGAGGAGAAAUGCGGGGGGACUGUCCACGUUGACGUAUUUGGUAAGCAUGCUGGACGUCUCCGUCCGACCCGGACCGCAAAAUACAAACCAAACAUGAGAUGUACAGUCACUAUACACACAGCCGAAUCACACCGUUUUGUCAUCGUCUUCCGCCGUCUUGAUAUCGAGUUUGAGCCUUUAUGUGAUGAUGAUUACCUGCAGAUCCAUGACGGGAACUCAACGUCAGCGCCAACUAUAUCAGGACUGCCACAGAAAAUGUGUGGAGAAGAGAAGCCGGAGGGGGAUUACGUCACUUCCGGUCACAGUAUGACAGUAAUGUUCAGGAGCGACUCGUGGUACAACGAUUACGGUUUUGAUUUCCUAUUCACCAUCUUCCACACAGGUACUUGUGUAGAAGGAGAAAUGAAGUGUGCUAACGAACGUUGUGUGUCUAUGUACCUGGAAUGUGACGGCUGGAACAACUGUGGCGAUGAUUCCGACGAAUGUCCUUUGUCUACAGUCAUCAUCCUCGCAGUCGUCAUCGGCAUCAUUUUCUUCUUCCUCAUCGCAACGUCCAUGAUUCUGUUCAUACGGCGACGACAGAGAUGCAAGUCAAGGAAGGAAGGGAAGGAGGAUCUGACUUAUUGUAUUCACGACCACAUCCAUAAUAUACACAACCACGGGCAAGUAGACAAGGACCCGGAUUACACAAGGAAAGACGAGGCGAUGAGUCAGGCGUCAGUAGGACUACCGUGGUAG